AUGACUUCCACUUCGCCCACGUUAUUUGGCCUAGUUAGAAUCAUUGAUAACCUAUUAACAGCCAAGCCCGAAGCCAAUUCAACGAAAAUCGGACGGGUUCAGGGCCAAAUUACUUUCUCAGACUUGGAAGAAAUGGCACCGCUUAUGAACUUCAACGUUGUAUUCAAGUCGGGCAUUUACAAUGGCAGCACAAUUUGUUUGUUGGGAAGAAAUCCUAUAGCCGAUACAUAUCAUGAAUAUGCCAUUGUUGGUGGCACUGGUAUUUUCCGAAUGGCACAAGGAUAUGCCAUUACGAGUAUUUAUUCCUAUACUCACCCGGGAUAUUUUGUUUUGGAAUAUACUCUUUAUGUUGUUUAUGAGGUAUUUGGCAAAUCAUCUAAGCUCUCCAACAUGUAA